UUUUUCCAGCUCUAGUUUACGACACAUUGAAAAAACAAACAAAUAUAAUAAUAAAAACGAAAAAUGAAAGGGCAUAGUGUCCCAAACAUCAACAGUGAGGUGAAGUGCGCUCUUGACUAACUGUGCUAACUAUUGCUGUAACUUGUGCGUUGUGCCCAUGCUUUGACGUCAUAGGCAGCGUGUGUCAGCUGUGAGCAUUUUUCUUAGGCGACUAGCGAAAGUCGUUUUGCAAUUUGUUAUGUUGAAAACUCAAGGCAGUACAAAUGGAUAGCUCAAUGUACUAUAAGGCAAUGUCCGUUGAGAGCACAACUGGACCACCUGUAGACGGGCAUUCGCCAACAGCAGCUUUAACGCCAUCUCAACGGGUCGAGGAUGGCGGAGUCUCAAUGGAUAACUUUUACCCGGCACUGGUUCAGUGCUUUGGCAUCAUCAUAUGUGGCUAUUUAGCUGGCCGCUUCAAGAUCAUCACUAAUGCAGAAACGAAAGGAUUGGGAACGUUUGUCGGAACAUUUGCGCUCCCCUCGCUUAUAUUUAUGUCAUUAGUUGAGCUUAAUUGGGGCGCUGUAAACUGGACGUUCUUGUUGGCGAUGCUUAUCUCAAAGGCAAUUGUUUUCUUUGCCGUACUGAUCAUCUGUCUGCUGGUUGGUCGACCGUUAAACUACUCGAGGGCAGGGUUGAUGUCAAUAUUUUGUACGCAGAGCAACGAUUUCGCCAUCGGCUAUCCUAUUGUCCAAGCUCUCUACAAAGAGGUUCAUCCGGAGUACGCUUCGUAUUUGUAUCUGAUGGCGCCAAUUUCUUUGGCUAUUCUCAAUCCAAUUGCUCUGGUGUUUAUGGAAGUUAGCAAGAUUAUGAAAAACAAGGAGGAAGUUAUACUCAAUCCCACGAUGUGUCCCGAAACCUGUCCAGUUGAGCGAAUUAACCGACGACAAGGCGGUUGCUUGGGAGAACGAGGAAUUCUUGUCUUAAACACCAUCAAAUCUCUCUUCUUUAAUCCUUUACUACUGAUGACGCUGCUUGGGGUUGCUGGAGGCCUCAUAUUUCCUAAGGGAUUACCUGAAAUGGUAUCCAGUGUCUUGCGCGUAUUUGGACAAAGCUUCUCAGCAACGGCCCUCUUUCUAUUGGGCCUUAAGAUAAUUGGUGGCGGCGCAAGUUCUGAGCGGAAGAGUCUCGGACUAUUGCUGCCUAGUGUGCUGAUAUUGGUUAAAAUUUUGGUGUUGCCGUUGGUCUGCCGCCAGACAGUAAACAUUAUGCAGGCAGGGGAUAACUUUAAUGACACAACAGAACUAAGUACCUUUGGCUUUCUUUAUGGCACAUUUCCAGCGGCGCCGGGAGCAUUUGUCAUUGCGACACAGUACAACGUUGAAGUAGAGCUGAUUGCACGGAGCAUGGUUUUGUGCACAUUUAUAUCAGCUCCGCUAAUGUUUAUAUCGGCUAAAAUGAUAUCGCUGACUAACUUAAAGCCCUUGGACUAUUUGCAUGAGCUGGAUGCGUUCUCAUUUGACAUUAGUAUUGCGGGCGCUGCCGCUUGUUGUUGGAUGUUGGCGCUCCUAAUUGUGACUAAACGCUUUAAACGUAUGCCACAGAGAAUCACAGCUUGUUUAGUGUUAUCACAGCUGAUGUGUUGUAUUGGUGUUAUUCUCUGGUCGAAGCUAGAUCAUGUGGAACGCUGGCCUUUGUACAUACAAUUCUUUCUUUUCAACAUUGGGACCUACAGUUCGCGUUUAUGGACUGCCUUCUUGGCUAUAACGCUCCUGUUUUUACAAUGUCGCAGCUUGUGCUUCGUACUUAAACUUUGGCCAUACAUGUUGGCUUUUGCAUGGGGAAUACCAGCGAUUAUAUCUGGGCUACUAUUAGCUUUCGACUCAAAAUCUAUGCCCAGUGAGAAACAAAACCCCAGCUUUCAAUACGGAAAUGCACAAGCUGCCAUUGCAGUGUUUAUGCUAGUUAUGUGCUUUAUAGUUACCGUCGGAUGCCUUGUAUUACAUCAGCGCUACAAGAAGCGCUUUGAAAAGUAUUUGACUUUUGCGCGUGAUCUCUCAAAUCCCGAUUCCGACGUAUCCAACUUGCAUUCAACUGUUUCGACAGCCAACUUGCUAUCCAAUGCGGAUAAUUCGUUGCCAAAGUGUGCACGAACUUUAUCGUAUUCAUCAUCUUCGGAUGAUGAUGAAAUGAUACCGACAACGGCUGGAGUACGUCCAAACAGAAACAAUGGGGUGUGUGGCUCGGAGAAUGCUAACUGUUGUUCCAGUUCUUCGAUAAACACCACUCCCACUACUGCAUCGACAGUAGUUAUGGAUAUUGAAGACUUGCUAAAACGCAAUCGUCAACAAGCUUCUGUAAGCCCUAAAGAAAUGGACAGAAUUGAUACCAUAACCACAGCUACAGCUGAUGAAGGUCACAUGUGUAGUAGCACAUACAAUUGUGGACCAAGCACAUCGCGCCAAAGCUGCCAGAAUAUAAUUAAUCGUUAUCAAGGGCAGACGCAACCCGAUUUGGAGCCGUUGGAGCAUGCUAGUGACUGUGAUGACCAUCAAAUUCUGAAGCACACAAUUCUAUUAAUAAUACUGCUGUGCUCGAUGUUCGUGGGUUUGGCGGUAUCCAUUUGGACCUUGGUUAUGGAGGGAAUGUCAGGAAUAUACUUAGAGCUGAGUUUUCUAGAUGCGUUUUUAAAUUUUGGCCAAGGAAUAAUUGUACUCGCCGUGUUUGUCAGUGACUCCAGCGAGUUAUUGAUGCCUCUCGUGAAAUUUUGGAGAAAGAUAUGGUAUGGCGCUAAUGUGGUCAGCUUGCCGCAUUGGUCAAAUUUACGUCCCGCGACGAAACAAAUAUGUGAGCAAUUUCGCAAUCAUCAUCUGGAAAACUGCAAAAAGGACAUUGCUAAGGAUAGAAGAUGGCGGAUUCGCGUUUAUCGCAAGGUGUUUUAUGGCAACGAAUUCGUAAGUUGGCUUAUAGAAGUAGGCUUGGCCAAGGAUCGCAUGGAAGCUGUCCACUAUGCACGACAUCUUGUCGACGGACGUGUGUUGCGACACAUUAAUAAUGUUUAUCACUUUGAAGACAAACAAUUACUCUAUAAUUUCUGUGGUCGCUUCUAGACAACCCUUAACAAAGGGCAACUAAACCAAAUUUAGCUUCAAUGUGUUUGAGUUUAAGAGAAAGCUUAAUAAUUAGUGUGCUGUGAUUAUAUAACCGAAGUUAGCUCUAUAAUUGUGCAUAUACUCGUGAAAACAGCCUACUAUGAGUUGUACAUGCUUAGGGCUAAUAUGUAUAUAUGUAAAGGUAUGGUUCUUGGUGGAUUGUCAACAUCUUUAAGCUGUUUCUGUAAGAGAAAUUACGUGUGCAGCUAUAGUGCAAUAUAUUAUUGAUAACAAAGCUUUGUUACUUUAUACUAAAUACUGUGCAUAAGCAUAUAUGUAAAAUAUGUGAAUUGUUAGCUU